UUAGUGUUCCUUCACCGCAAAAAGGUCUCUUCUUUUCCGGAUAGAUGGUACAUCCCUGUUGCUCUUUUGGCUGCUAUCAUAAUAAACAUUCCACCUUUGGCUUAUAAUCGUUUUGGAUAUGAUUCAGACGGACAGAAAUGUCUUUAUCGAGAACUUAAUACCAAAGAAACGCAGAUGUGGAAAUUAGUGACUUUUCUCGUUCCGAUUUCACUGUCGUUGACUUAUUGUACGUCAAUUCUUUUAACCGUUAUAUGUAAGUUGAUUUUCGAACAUCGUAAAUUGGUGGAGGCAGUUCACACGCGAAGCAAUACGACGUUGACCGCUAAAGCAAGAAGACAGAAGAUACUUUUGUUAAAAUUAAUCGGCCGCAUCGCCAUGUACGCUGCAAUUCCGCUUGUUAAUGUUACGGGGAUCGUUGUUGAAUAUGUUUGGACGUUACUUCACGUGAAUCAAGAUGUACCCUUAUGGAUGGUUUAUUGGGCUAUUAUCGGAUCUUGUUUACCAGGCUGGUUACCAC